GUUUUCAGAUACUCAGGACUCAGUCGCCCACCGACCGCGGCGUCGAACAGAGGAAGCGGGUUCGUUUGCUGAUCGAUCCCGGAUAGCGUCGCGUCAACUCUUUUUUUCCACGAGGAAAAGCCACGGAAAAGCGAGGGAAAGAGAAGUUCUUCACCUUUUCGACUGUUUCGGUUUAGCUGUUCUUCGCUCUAGUUCCUUGACCUUUACGAACAGUCACAGUGCACCCGGCAGGAGAUCGAUUCUCGGAGCAGGAGGAAGCUUGGCGAGGCUAAAAAAUGUUGGCUAGUCAGGACAAUAUUGAGCAGAGUUGAUGAAGACCUAUUCCUGGAGAAACACUUAAUUGAUUAAUAAGAGGAAAGAGAGGACACAGGAAACAUAUCGCUCGUUGAUCAAUAAUAAUUUGAGGGUGAGGCAAGAAAAACAAUGGAUCCUUACUCAUUAAGCGUGGAGCGAGAGGCUUCGAAGAAUAUCGAGGAAAACGAGCGAGAGUGCUUCAAAGAUGCGAUCGUUUCAAGCAGAAGCCUCAACAAAGGUUUCGUCGAGCCGACGAAUCUUAAAAAUGCCAUUCGAGAGAUUGUCGCGUGCAUCGUCGCGGCAUCUUUCCACAUAGCAGUGGGUCUUACUAUGGCAUAUUCAGCAACUCUCAUUCCUCAUCUCGAGAAGAAAGAUGCGGAGCUGUAUGCCACGAGAGAGCAGACUUCCUGGAUAGCCAGCCUGGUCGUGAUUUGCGCGCCUUUUGGCGCCCUGUUGGGAGGCUUCCUGAUGGAGACGAUGGGUCGAUUGAGGACCCUGCAGAUCGGCGCGAUUCCCAGCGUAAUCGGCUGGGUGCUUAUUGCCUGUUCGACGAACAUACCGAUGUUGCUGGUCGGUCGUUUGCUGUCCGGGAUGUCAACCGCCCUGGCAACCUCGCCGGCGAUUGUCUACAUCACCGAGGUGGCCAGACCGGAACUACGUGGUUCAUUGAUCUCGUUCGGACCGACGCUGGCAUCGUUCGGGAUGUUAUUGUCUUACUUAAAGGGUGCUUACCUAGAUUGGCGACUAGUUGCCUGGCUCAGCAUCAUCUACUCGAUUGUGCCGAUUAUUAUGGUGCAAUUCUGGGUGCCGGAAUCGCCCGUCUGGCUCGUCUCGAAAGGGCGCAUCGAUGAUGCCAAAAAGUCCCUGGAAUGGCUUUACAAGAACGAGACGUCGCAAGGCAAAAUGUCAGUGGUCGAGGCACAAUUUACCACUAUUAUGAAAGAGAAUGAAAUUAAAUUGAAUGAGCAACGGCGGAGUAAACAUGGCAAUGCGUCGAAUAAAUUGCGAGGAUUUUUAAAACCGACCGGAUGGAAACCAAUGGCGAUACUCUUCUUGCUAUUUUCAUUUCAGCAGUUCUCCGGAAUUUAUAUUACAUUGUUUUAUGCAGUGACUUGGUUUCAGGAAGUGGACGCGGGUGUGAACGAAUAUUUGGCAUCGAUUUUGGUGGGCCUGACGCGUUUUCUCUGCUCUAUGGUGAACACUUGGCUAUUAAGACGAUACAAGAGACGACCGUUGUGUAUAAUUUCAUCCUUCGGGAUGGCGAUAUGCAUGAUUGUUUCCGGUUAUUUCUCGUUGAACAUCAAAAAUGGCGAUCGCAGCGGUUAUUGGGUGCCGGUGCUCUGUCUGUUACUUUACGUGUGCACGUCGAUGGUCGGGAUGCUGACUAUUCCCUGGACCAUGACGGCGGAAUUGUUCCCGACCGAAAUCCGCGGGAUCGCUCAUUCCAUUAGUUAUUCCAUGGCAAACGUGCUCAUGUUCGCCGCGUUGCAGAGCUAUCGAAGUUUGCAAGCUUUCCUGGGAGGAUCAUAUGCAGUACAAUGGUUUUUCGCCGCUGUUUCCGUCGGCGCGGCUGUCUUUGUAUGGUUGAUGCUGCCGGAGACGCAUGGGAAGAAGCUGUCAGAGAUCGAGGAGUACUUUCACAAUAAUUUCCUGGCCUUGGGAGCAGAGACGAACAAGAAAAAGCAACGAGCUAAGAGAAGAGCCCAGGAAAAGACAAAAUCGCCGGCGACCGAGCCGCUCAACCCGAAAACCGUGCAAAACGUUUAAGAUCUUUUACCCCUCUUUCCUUUUCGCGAUCUACGAAUUUUGUAUAUUAAUACAGAGUUCGAGCGGUCUUAUAGAGAAAGUGACCAAAGUAUUAUAUAUCCGUGCUAGUAGCCUCGAUUCUUAUACACGACCAAUUUUUAAUCACGUUGCUGUGCAUUGAACUGUGCGCACGGGAUAUAUUUUAUGAUCGCGUAUAAAAUGCAGGUCAUUUUGAUACUAAUGAUAGUAGAAUUCAAUGUUCGAUGUGAGUCGCAUUUAGCAAAAAAUAUCCGGCGAGAAUGUUCGGAAAAAUAUUUUAUAGAAGAACGAGAAGUAAAGAAUGAAGUGUGAGAAGUAAUACAUUUUUUGCUUUUAAUAUAUUUUCUUAUAAUGUAUUUAAUAUUUAUUUUAUU